GGCCCAGUACAUGUGCCCAGUCCCGGUGCUGUGCUGAGGCUAGGGCAGUCCCCGGGCUGUUUGUGGUGCUGGAGCCCACCCAGCAGCGGUGCAUGGCCCCUCUCACACAGCCUCAACACGUCCACUCCUGGCCUGACUCUCCUGCUCUCCUGCAUGGCUUUGCUGCCCCCUUCGCUGUGACCCCCACUCACCGAUGGCUUCUGCCAUGCCUGGACUUUUCCCAGCCUCUGCCGGGCUCAGCUGCCCCCGUGCCCUUUCCCAAAUGAGUAACCAGGGCUGCCCACCCAGGCGUGAGGGCUCUGUGCCCUGGCUUGUCACGUGGCCCCACACCCCAUUAAACACUGCAACUUCCCUGCCCCCGGUACCCUCCACACGGCCCUCCCAGCCCUUACUGGUGUGCCUUACAGCUGGCACCAGGAAGGGUGGGCAGCACUGAGAGCAAGGCACCAACACACCCCUGCAGCUCCCCCCAUGUCCCUUUGCCUGCACCAAUGGUUCCCAACCAGAGCGGCCACCCCCAGCCCUCUCCAUCCUGUCAGGGAAGCAGCAGUGCCCCAGCUCAGCAGCACAUCAGGCACUCUGCCAGGGGCACGUGCCACAGCUGCCUGCAUCCUGCCUUGUGGUGUGCCCAUGGAGCCUGCCUCCAGCAAGUGUCACGGAGCCACAGAGUGGCACCAGGGCUGGGGGGACAAUGCCCUCCGUAAGGGCAAUGACUCAAAUCACCUCUGCCAGUGAGAGGGUGGGCAUCACCCUUGCAACCCCUCAGCCUUGGGCAUGUGCUGAUGGAAAGACCUUGGCGCCAGAACGGUCAAGCCCGGUGAAGCUGCUGCCACGGUGAUGCCCACAGCAUGGGUACCACCCGCUGACCCAGCUGUGCUCCAUGCCCCAGGCUCUGGGUCACUCUGCCCACCCGUGUGCCUCAGGGCCACAGGCCCUGGGCUCGAUGCUCAUCUCUCAGCUGGGGAAAGCGAGGCACAGGGAAGCCUGCUUGUGCAGGGGGGGGUCUGGGAGCAGACCCCAGGCUCUGUGCCUCCUCUGGGCAGCGUGCACCAGCUGGCAGCGAUGGACAGAAAGGCACCAAGUCCACUGCUAGGGGGUUGGCACGGGGUAGGGGGAGGCGGAGGGGCUCUCAGUGCAGUGGAGCACCCCGCCUGGCUCCAGACCCCUCCCCUGGGACCCGGGGAGCUCCUGGCCCUUUAACCCCUGAUUGGGGCUAUGCCUUUAAAACGGGCCCCGGGGCGGGGGCUCUCACUCCGCAGGAGGAGGAGGCUGGCCCGGAGCAGGUGGCCUGAGUGAGCUGGUCCUUCCCACCCCACCCCACUUCACCCCCCACCUCCACCACACUCUCUCUCCCCUGCCCUGGCACUUUUCUGGUACCUGUAGCCAGGCUCGUGUCUGGCUGGCUUUGCCUCUGCUCUGGGUUUUAGUCUGGAAUUGGCACCUCUUUUUGCAUGUAGUGUGCCCCCGCUGCCUCCCGUCUUUCUGUUCCCUGUGCCAAGCUGAGGCAGCUGCCAUGACAGUCCUGGUUUGAUAGUGGCUGCAGGACGCUGAGGUCUCCUUUUGCUGGUGCCUGCAACCAGCUCUGCCUCACCAGGAGGAAGUAUGACUGCAGGCUUCCCCUGAUCCCGCCAGCGGCCAGCACCACCUCACCCCCUCCACAUGCCUACCAUGGCUUUGCUCCAGCCCUUCACCAGCCUUCUCCUCCUCUUCACUCUGUCCCUUUCCUGGGCUGCAAACCAGUCCCUGCUGCCCCCCAGCUCCCUGCCCGCCGUCCCCCCGCUGCCGCUCCUGCAGGCCCUGCAAGCCCGGGCACCAGGCAGCCAGGGCUGGCGAGCGGGGCCAGCAAGCGGGCAACCCCUGCGCUACAUGCUGAACCUGUACCGGCGUGCCACCGACCGUGAAGGGCGACCCCGGCACGGCCGCAGCCUGGGCACCAACACCGUCCGCCUCGUCCGGGCCAGUUCCCAGGGGGGCCAGCCCUGGGCAGGUCGCUGGUAUGUGCAGCCCCUCACGUACCGCCUGGAGGGCCAGCCCAAGGCUGAACAGCUCCUCCGAGCUGCUGUGGUCUACCUGCCCAACCUGCCGCUUCCCCACGGCCGCCUCCUCUGCACCCUGGAGCUGGCGGCCACCGGUGAGGGGCCUGGAGUGCUGCUCAGCCCUGCCGCCCGCCCCCGCCACGGCUGGGCUGAAGUGGAUGUCACUCCUUACCUGGUGCCAGGGAAUGGCAACGCAGGGAGCCUGGUCCUGCGGCACGUCUGUGUGCGUGCCGGCCGGGUGGGGGGCCACGACACCCCAACGGCCCCCAGCCACCCCUUCCUCCUCCUCUACCUCAAUGACACCCAGACUGGGCUGACACCACCGGCAGCAGAGCCCCACCGGCACCGGCGUGACACAGGGACACUGGCCCAUGACCUGUCCAGCUACCUGCGGGAGCAGGGAGGGGAGAAGAGUGACUGCUCCCUGCGCCCCUUCCCUGUCAGCUUCGCCCAACUGGGCUGGGACCACUGGAUCAUCGCUCCCCACCGCUACAACCCGCGCUACUGCAAGGGUGCCUGUCCCCACCUGCUCCGCUACGACUACCACGCGCCCAACCACGCUGUGGUGCAGAGCUUCGUCCAUCAGCUGGUGGAUGCCAAUGUGCCCCGGCCUUCCUGCGUCCCCUACCGCUACAGCCCCAUCAGUGUCCUCAUGAUCGAGCGUGACGGUGGCAUCCUCUACAAGGAGUAUGAGAACAUGAUUGCAGAGUCCUGCACCUGCCGGUAAUACCUGCUGCCCCGGCACAUCACCCCCAGGCUCUGCCUGUCCCUGCUGGAUCUGGACUUCAGGGUUUGUCUUGCUCUGCCUGGAGCAGGUCUGUCCCCGCUCCCUGUGCAGCACUGCUCUGCCGGAAGGUUUUACGAUGGCAUUUUUAUGUAAAUUGUGGGUUUUUAAAGGCAGGAGCCUGUGCUGGGGCAGUUGCCCUGUGGCAUCUGUCCUUCCUGUAGCUCCAUGGCCACUGCCUGUUUUUGGGGGUGGAGGGGCUUGGCUGAUGCUCCCAGAGAAGAGCUGGCUCCCUGGACUGGAGCACAAAGCUCUUAGCAGGUGGUGUGGGGGUCUCCUGGUGGAGCUAGGGCAGGAAGGGUUGAGCGUUCCAGGUGUCCCUGUGCUUGGCACCCAGCUGGUGCCAUCGGUGUUUGGAGCACCCCUGCCUGUGGGAUCCGUUCCCAGCUCACAUGCACCCCAUUCUGUCUAGUCCCAGCUGUGGUGGUGUCGCACCAGGCUUGGAAUUGGGCUGGGGAGGGUGAAAGCCCCUCUCCUUCCCUGCAGUUCUGCUCUGGGGGAAGCUGUGAAAGCUGGAGGGACCCAGGCUGCCAGCUCUGCUCCCAGUACCGGGGGCCAGGCUGUGCCUGCUGCUUCCUCUGCCACCCCUGUCCUUUACCUCCUUGGCUUGCCCUUGAGCUAGGCUCAGGUCUCACCCUGUCCCAGGGGUCAGACCCCCAUCGUGGUGUCCCUCUGCCUUUCUGCACCCUUGCUAUCCCAUGGGGCUCAGGCUCUGCUGGGCUCCUGGCCAGUCCCCGUUCCUGGAGGGGUCAGUCCUAUUCCCAGCACCCCUGCUGCCUACUUUUCCUCUAUUUAUUGCUGUGUAAUUAAAUAAAUUGAUGGAUUUUG